UAAUCUUUCUGGAGAAAACAAGACAAAGAGAUUCUGAUGAGAAAGAAAGAAAAAUUUUACAAAACAAAGACCGAACACAUUAGUUAAGUAAUGAUAAUACACUCUCCAUCUCCUAUCCAUCGCACGAGUUUCUCGAACAGUCGAAGUAGAUCUCAGUGUCAGAGCCGCUUGGUGACUAGAUCGGCCGCGGUUCGUAUAUCCACGGCGGCGUUUGGGGCCGUAGCUGCAGCGGUUAUGAUGGCCUCUGUGUCCACAGCUUACGCAGAGCUUCCUCCUCCGCCGCAAGACGGUGAAACGCUAUCAAACGUACCGCAGACGCUAUCAGGUGAAGACUGCAAGAAACAGAGGAUACAACGACCCAAAUCCAAGAACGCAGAGAAAUGCACUGUUAAAUGCGUCAACACUUGCAUUCGUGGUGGAGACGGAGAAGGACCGCUCAAUAUCAGAAGGCCAUUAGUGGUGUUCAAACAAGGGUUUCGUAGCCGUAAUUACUGCUUAGUGGAAUGUUCGGAUAUAUGCAACUUGAUCGGAGAUGGUGACUAUGGACCUUGAAACGUUUAUCAAUAAGAAGAAACUAUGGAUAAAGGACCUCAUGUACCUUCAUAUUAUUUAAAAUGGUAGAAACGUCUAUAACAAAAUUUGAGAGUGUCUUAAGCAAAAUAUAAUUUGAGAGUGUCUUGUUUCUUCAUGACGUGGUAGCUAACACACGUUGGCUAAUCAAAACCUUUUCCUCGUUGA